AUGAAAUUCUCCACCACAGCUGCGGCAAAUCUUGUUGUUCUGCUGGUAAUUAGCUAUUGCCAUCAAAAUGUCGCCGCCUUUACACCAUCUGUGAGAAUGACAGCAGGAUUAUCACACUUCCAAUCCAAACACCAACGCGAACCAUUAUCCAUCAAGCUGAUGGCCAAGAAAACAAAGUUGCUUGAAAGGGAGGAAACAGAAGCAGCGGUUGAAAAAUACAUUGAUUUUAUUAGCAGUGAUAGCGAAUCCUCUUCUGUUGCCCCUGCAGUUGCCUCCGGUGCCAUGUUGGCUGCCACAGGAGCCUUUUCCACUUGGAUGAUUACCUCCAAUCUACCUGUUGCGAAUGCUGUGACAAUGCCUAAGGAACUUUCUGCCUCCUUUGAUCCCAGCAACUUCGUUCCCGUCUGUGGUGCUUCGGAUAACUUUUAUCGUCUCCUACAGGGAACUGCUGAAGCCGUGGUGGGAACGGACAAUUUCAAGGAGUACGGACCUCUGAUUGCGUCUGGAUUGUUGCGAGUGCGAUUGGAAUUGUGCGUCGUCGAAUCUUUCUUCAACGAAGCCGUUGGUCCCUUUAUUCGGGAAAAUGGAUUGAGCUGGGUGCUCCCCUUGCAUGAGACAGUCGAAACCUUUUUGGCCGGAACCGUCUUUGCCAUUGCCACUACCUUCAUUUUGGUUGGAUCCACCAAGAUUCUGACCGUGAUUUUCACCUACGCCGAUUUCUUUGUGGGAGCUCCUAUGCGAAUCCUUGGUGGCUUUUCCUUUGAUCGAGCUCGAGGACGCCCCGUCAUUUUUGAUAUUGGAUUCGGUCCAUUCAAGACCCGUCUCAUCGGACCCAAGGACUUGGAAGUUGAUGAAAAUGCCGGCAAAUUUGACUUCGCAGUAGACAUGUCCAAAACUGAACUGAAGAACCUACCUGGCAUAGUCUUCGCCGGAAGUGUCAAGGCUGCCGGGCAAUCGGUUGGAUUGGUGCGAGAACUGCUGGAUGCCAUUGACUUGUUUGUGGGCAAGUCUUUGAUUUUGUGGGCGACUGCCUACAUUGGUUUCAAAUUCAUACACUUUAAGGUCUUUCCUGACUUUCCCUUUUGA